UGAGAGAAGGAAAAGAAGAACUUUUAAAUAUUCAAUCCAUUGAAAAACGUACUACAUAACAACAUAUAUAUAGUGCAAAUAACUAACUAUGAGUCAGGAACAUGAUUCCAUGGUCAUUGAUCAUGCUAACAUUAACCCACUAAACUAACCCACUGCUAUUAUGACUCCACUAACAGAAACUAAUACUUAGUAGAGCAUAUUGCUAUACAUUAGGAGUUAACUAACCACUAACAAUUUGAAGCAAAUAUUCCAACACACCCCCUUACAAAUAUCAUAUGGGUGGUUUAUUACUAUGUAUAUCACCUAGUUUGGCCAACUUCCAAAUUGAUUAACCCAACUCAUUCUGUGAUAAACAUUGCACGAAAAUCGAACAUAACAUGAUGUAGCUUCCACGAUUUUGCUUAUAUAUCAAGGUUAGUUCCCUUAUAUACAUCAGUAACUUUCACUGUUCAUGUUUACAUGUUUUUGUUGUGCCUGGUUGAUGUGCAUUAGAAGUACUAUGUGAUGCGAGUAUCGCGAGUAACACUCUUUUGUGUUACAAUGCAAGUAAUUUAGUGAUUUCACUUUAUGAGCUUUAAAUUACUUGGUAGUUGGAUGUAAGUACUCGUAAUUAAUGUGCACUCUUUAAUUAGACGGGAUAUGAUCUCAUAUUUUACACGUCACUCUUUAAUUAGACGGGAUAUGAUCUCAUAUUUUACACGUCCCUCUUAAAUUAUAAGAAAAAAAAAAAAACUAUUUAACAUUCACAUAAGCUAAUUAAGCAUUAUAUAUAAACAAGUUAUUCUACUAAAGUAUUCACUACUAUAUCUUAACUUGACAAUAUUUGACCAAGUAAACAAUGCAAAUCACAAACAUGUCAUUUCCUCUAUUCUUCCUUCCCUUCAUUGUCUUCUCAAUGUUCCUUUACAAAUUGCUAGUAUCACCAACCAAGUGCAACAAAGAGUUGCAUCUACCACCCACCCCACCAAUGCUCCCAAUAGUCGGAAACCUCCAUCAACUCGGUAGAUUACCUCACCGUUCCCUACAAUCCCUUUCCAUCAAGUAUGGUGACCUCAUGUUACUCUACUUCGGCAACAGACCAACCUUCGUUGUGUCCUCUUCAAAGGCAGCCAAGGAGAUCAUGAAGACCCGCGAACACCUCUUCCUUGACAGGCCUAAUUUACGUUUCAUCGAUAGAAUUUUUUACCAUGGAAGCGACGUAGGAUUCAGUUCUUAUGGAGAUAAAUGGAGACAUAGGAAGAGCAUUUGCGUGAGGCAGCUUCUAUCCAACAAAAGCGUUCAAUCUUUUCGUCCGAUAAGAGAAGAAGAGGUGGCACGGAUGAUCAAAGAGAUCAAAAGCUACGGUAGUUCACCGUUAAACUUGAGUGAGAUUUCUUCCGCACUCUUUAAAUGUCUCAUUUGUAGGACGGCACUAGGAAGGAAAAUCGACGCACAAAGUGGCAAGAACGUCUAUAAGAUGUUCAAGGAGCUUGCGGAGGUUAUGGGGGCGUUAAGUGUAGGAGAUUACAUUCCUUUCUUAGGUUGGAUUGAUAAGUUAACGGGUUUGGAAGACAGGGUGGCAAAUGUGCAUAGAAUAUUCGACGUGUUCCUUGAAGAAGUUAUUCAAGAGCAUGAGAUUGAGCUCGAACACAAUAACGAUAAUCAUUAUCACAAGGAUGAUGAAGGAAAAGACGUCAAAGAUUUUGUGGAGGUUAUGCUUGAAAUUCAAAGAGAAAACCCCGAAAAGCUUUCAAGAGAUAGCAUCAAAGGCACUAUACUGGAUUUACUUGGUGCAGGCACAGACACGUCCACUACGCUAUUAGGAUGGGCAAUGACAGAAUUAUUAAGGCAUCCUAAUAUCAUGAAAAAACUACAAGAAGAGGUAAGAAACAUUGUCAAACCAAAUACAAGGGUAACUGAACAUGACUUAGAGAACAUGAAGUACCUAAAGGCAGUGAUCAAGGAGACACUUAGGCUACAUCCUCCGGUUCCCUUAUCGGGAUUUCGAGAAUCCACCAAAGAUGUCAAGAUAGAUAAAUACAACAUCACUGCAAGGGCUCAAGUUAUAGUCAAUGCGUGGGCAAUACAACGCGAUCCUCAACUUUGGCAUGACCCAGAGAAUUUCCAUCCAGAGCGAUUCUUAAACGACAACUCGUGUGUUGAUUUUAGGGGACAACAUUUCCAAUUGAUCCCGUUUGGAUCCGGAAGAAGAGGUUGCCCCGGUGUGUCCUUAGGCAUUGUUACUAUUGAACUUGUGUUAGCAAGUCUUGUUUAUGAAUUUAAUUGGACGUUACCCAAUGGAAGAAAAGGUGAAACCUUAGACGUUGGGGAAAGUUGGGGUGUAUCUGUUCGACGAAAAAACCCUCUUAUAGUCAUUGCAACCCACGCUUAACGUGUCGUAUUGUUGCAAUUUGAUAGAAUAUAUGAUAAGAUAUUAUGUAAUUUUAGGAUAUAUGUGAUGUAUUUUGUAUAAUUAUCUUUUGAGGUUUCCUAACACAAUUAGGACUCAAUAUUAUAAGCCUAUAUAAUGAUCAAUGGAACCGACUUCAAAGAGUUUUCACAAAAUCUAACAUGUAAAAGACUUAGCCUGGCUUCAUCAUUUGAAUUUUUCUAUGAUUUAUUAAACUUGAUAAUUGAUAUGGUGAGGAUCCGAGAAGAUAGCAAGUUAUGAGAAGUACAUAUUCUAGUAUGGCAUUGCAUAGUCGCUGGCGCUGUAGUCAAUAGAUCGAUAUUAGGGGUGGUUAUUGGGUGGGUCAGUGCGGAUCAUUAGCGGGGCGGGUCGGUUGUGGGUCAUGAUGAAUAAUUAGUGUGUCAGGGUCAAUGCGGGUCAAGGUCGGGUCAUGGCCGAGGUAAAAGUAAAACGGGCCAUUAACGAGCCUUACCCAAAUUUAAUAUUUUUUAUUAUUAUUAUUAUUAUUAUUAUUAUUAUUAUUUUUACAAUUUACAAUCACAUUAGUGAUAUGGUUCACUUUUAAAAAAAAUAUUUAAAACAGUAACAUCAAAAUACUAGUAUUGUGCAAGAUCUUAUAAUAGACCUCAUACAUAGUAUACAUCUCCUAUUGCAGGCAGCAGGAUCUGAAGUAUCAAUGCAGCUAGAAUAGCAAAAUCUUAUACUCCCUCCGCCCGCAAUUAUCUGCAAUAUUUACCUAAAAUGGGUGCUCUAUAUUAUUUGCAACAAAUUUUUUUCUUUCCUUUUUGGGUAAUAUCUAACUAUCAAUUACCCACUAUUACCCACUUUUACCCACUUUUUUGGUUAGUGGUCCCCUCCACCACCUAUUACCCACUAACUAAAACCCACUCAAAACUAAAAUUAAGUGGGACCACUCCUUUUCCCUCCAUUUUCAACCUUAAUUAAACCCACCAAAGCUCAAUUAGAACUCCCCUAAAAGUUCUAAUCUCAUUAGACAAAGAACUUGCUAGGCUUCAAAACUUGUACCAAGUCCUAAUCUCAUUUAUCGGAAUAGGAAAUCGAUCUCUUGCACAUAAAUUAACCAACAAGCACAAAAAAUUGAGUUUAAAGAAGCUUAGAAAUCAUAAGAUCUAAACCAAAACAAGAAUUUACUUAACAAAAUCUAAUAUGUGAACUAAUAAUUAUGCCAAUCGAAAUACCACAAAAGCCAAUCGAAAUACUAGAAAUUGAACCGCACCACCACCACAGUUACCGCCGCCGCCAUCCCCCAUAACCACCAUUGUAUUGUUUUUAGAGCGGAAUCCGAUAAAAUCAAUUAAAAAAUUAAUCAAUUGGAACUAUGCCGACAAUAAAUAUCAAGGAUAUAUGAAAAUCAUAUUGCAACGAAAAUCGCAGCAAACAUAAAAAUAAUUACUAAAAUUUUACCCAGCUAGAAAAAUUCAAUUAAAAAUCCUUUUGUUUUCCAGAUUUGUUGAAAAAUAAAACUAAUAAAUACCUUAUAAAUUUGAAGGUAGCGUUCGGCUUCAAAUUUGAGGCGCUUGAGAGUGGCCUUUUUGUGAGCGACGAUGAAGGGAGCGUCGGAGGAGGCGACGGCAGAGGAUACAGCGAGGAGGAGGAGAGAGAAAGAGACGAAGAGUGAAUCGUAGAGAACUCUAUUGAUGAAGCCCAUUAUUUACCCUUUAAUUUUUCUUUGAUAUUCAUGGGCUGUUUAUAAAAGCCCAUUAUUGACCCUAUAUAUUAAAGCCCUUUAGUGACACUAAAAUAUUAAAGGGUCAAGACCCUUU